AGAGUUGCAAAAGACGCUUUUCAACGGCAAAAUUCGCGCUAUUUCGCCUAGCAAACACACACAGGAGUGCUCCUUCACCAUUCGUGGCUCACAUCGAGGGGAAAAGUGAGUUAAUUCGACCGGCUCCCGUUUCGUUGCCACCGAGCUCUUGUGCAUAUGCAGACUAUAAAAUGUGUAGUUGUCGGGGAUGGUGCGGUAGGAAAGACUUGCUUACUCAUCUCCUACACAACCAACAAGUUCCCCUCAGAAUAUGUACCCACGGUUUUUGACAACUAUGCAGUGACAGUGAUGAUCGGGGGCGAGCCCUACACACUAGGCCUUUUUGACACUGCAGGUCAGGAGGAUUAUGACAGGCUACGUCCUCUCAGCUACCCACAGACAGACGUGUUCCUUGUGUGCUUCUCUGUCGUCUCCCCGUCGUCAUUUGAAAAUGUCAAGGAGAAGUGGGUUCCUGAGAUUUCCCACCACUGCCCCCGCACACCCUUCCUGCUGGUGGGCACUCAAGUGGACCUGCGAGAGGACAGCAACACCAUUGAGAAGCUAGCCAAGAAUAAACAGCGCCCCCUGUACCCCGACAGUGCCGAGAAACUUGCCCGGGAGCUCAGGGCCGUCAAAUACGUUGAGUGCUCUGCUCUCACACAGCGGGGCCUCAAGAACGUGUUCGACGAGGCCAUCCUGGCUGCCUUGGAGCCCCCCGAGACCAAAACCAAGAGGAAGUGCGUCCUGCUAUAGACGAGCAGCAGUUAGAGACCGAACGGUAUAAGAAAACGUUUAGGGGGGUGGGGCGAAAUCCAAACAUCAGUGAGUUCAGUGGCCAAUUCAGACAAUGGGGAAGGUACAAAGAGACUUAAAAGGAGAUUGUGGUGACUGUGCCUUCAAAAAUAAAGGGUUGAAAGAAGUAAGGGGAGUGAAAGGUCAGUGUGCAGUGCAGUAAACGCGGCUAGUAUCAGCCAUCUCCUCAUCGCUGAAAGCUUUUAGAAAGUGCAGUGUUCUCCACAAAUAUUCCACAAAUGGGGCAGGAACCCUCCACCUCCCUUUAAAUACAUUUUUAUUAUUAUAUAAUUGCUUUUGACUUCAUGUGGCCUGCUGGGGCUUUUGCCUCAGAUGGAGUAAAAAAGACAAAAACACAUUAUUUACAAAUAAUUUUUAGUCAACUUUGGUUAAAAUGUAAAGAGCCAUGUUAAUGAUAAGUGGUACUCUGCUAUCUUUUCUGACUGAUUUGAUUGAUGGAAGCGCAAGAUAUUUAGUACACGCCCAACAAAGGUAGUGCUCUGUAACUGCUACUUCCUUCCAAACACUCAGUAAUUAGUGGGGAGGCCAUUUUCACUUUUUUUUCCCCCUUCUGCGGGUGACUGAAAGAAUUUAUAUUUUAUUCUUUCUUUGUGUAUAUUGCAUUGAUUUAUGUGACUUUAUUUUGGGACCUGUUUAGGAGUAAAACAAAAUGUUUUCAUUUUGAAACUUGAGGUUUUAUUUUUUGUGAGAUCACUAGACUACCAACAGGGCGAUUGAUAAGGCAAAACAACAAAAAUCAAGCUGUAAUAUUUUGCAUAGAUCUUGAUCGAUUGAGAUGUUAACCUUUGCUAGUAAAUUCGUGGGAGUUUGUAAUCGCAUAAUAUUUGUAAUAAAAUGGUUUAACUGA